AUGUCAGACACCAAUUCAUCUGUUGACCCACAAGUAGCCUAUGAUUUAAUCACUAAAGGUUUACAGGAAGUUUUAAACCCACAAAUUAUUAAGAAUGUCUUAGAAGUUGAAAAAAGACCAAUUAAAUUAUACUGGGGUACAGCUACCACUGGUAAACCUCACUGUGGUUAUUUUGUACCAAUGACAAAAUUAGCUCAUUUCUUACAAGCUGGCUGUGAAGUUACAGUUCUUUUGGCCGAUUUGCAUGCAUUUUUAGAUAAUAUGAAAGCUCCAUUAGAAACUAUUAAAUAUAGAACUAAAUACUAUGAAUGUUCUGUUAAAGCUAUUUUAAAAAGUAUCGGUGUCCCAAUUGAAAAAUUGAAAUUUGUUGUUGGUUCUUCUUAUCAAUUGACUGCUGAUUAUACAUUAGAUAUCUUUAAGAUGUCCAACAUUGUUUCUCAAAAUGAUGCCAAGAGAGCUGGUGCUGAUGUUGUUAAACAGGUGGCCAACCCUUUAUUAUCUGGGUUGAUUUACCCCUUAAUGCAAGCGUUAGAUGAACAAUACUUGGAUUGUGAUGUUCAAUUUGGUGGUGUUGACCAAAGAAAGAUUUUUGUAUUAGCUGAAGAAAAUUUACCAAGUUUAGGCUAUAAGAAGAGAGCACAUUUAAUGAAUCCAAUGGUUCCAGGGUUAGGACAAGGUGGUAAAAUGUCAGCCUCUGAUCCAAAUUCUAAGAUAGAUUUAUUAGAAGAACCAAAACAAGUUAAGAAGAAGAUUAAUAGUGCAUUUUGUUCACCAGGUAAUGUGGAAGACAAUGGGUUAUUAUCAUUUGUUGAAUAUGUUGUUGGCCCAAUCCAAGAAUUGAAAGCUACCAAUGAUCCAAGUUUAGAGAAAUUUAACUUCCAUAUUGAUAGACCAGAAAAAUUUGGUGGUCCAAUUACUUAUAAAUCAUUUGAAGAAUUAAAACAAGAUUUUAAAGAUGAAAAAUUAUCACCACCUGAUUUGAAAAUUGGUGUUUCUGAUGCUAUUAAUGAAUUAUUGAAACCAUUAAGAGAAGAAUAUAAAACUAACGAAGAAUACAGAGAAGCUCAAUUAAAGGGGUACCCUGCUGCUGAAGUUAAAGCAAAGAAAGUAAAGAAACCAAAAAAUAAAGGUACCAAAUAUCCAGGUUCGAAUAACAAGGAAGUGGAAAAUACUAGUAAAGACUCUGUUAGUGAAGUUAAUGAUAAAUUGAAAGAAUCUACUUUGUAA